AUGUCAACACUGAUGCAACCAUCACCUGAAUUACAAAAAUCAGAAAGGAAACAAGAAAGUCAACAUAAGAAACGAAAUAGACCUAGUCUUGUCUGUCUUAAUUGUAAAGCAAGAAAAAUUAAAUGUGAUCGUCAACUACCUUGUUCAAAUUGUGUCAAGUCUAGAAAGAAAGUUAUAUGCACUUAUGAUGAUGAGUCUUCAAGAAAUGGAGAUCAAAUUACCUCAUCAAUACAACCCUAUGAGAAAAGUGCUAAACAACCAAUGAAGUUUGCAAAUCCUGAAAUUAAUCUUCAAUCAAGUAUGCAACCUCAAACAGAGUUAUCUACUAAUAAACCAGCCGUGUUGAAACGAACAUCUAAUUCCAGUAUCUCAGAUCAAGACACCAAGAAAUCGAAAGUGACUACAUCAUCAUCAUCAGCUUUAAACGAGGAGCAGGUGUCAUUAGAAGAACUUAAAUUUUUAAAGCGAAGACUUGAAAGCAUCGAAUCGAAAAUUCAAUCAUCUCAAAAUAAACCUCAAUCUGAUAAUAUUCACAAUACAAAACGAUUCGGCAGUAUUACUCAUCAAAACCCAUUUUCUGUACCUUCUCCUGUUUUGCCACCACCUACCACAUCUAUUACUCAUUCAUGGAGUCCUGGAGUUUCUACUAUUGGAAGUAAUCAAUCUCAAUCAUCCCAAUUUACAACAUCAUACAACUUGUCAGAUGCAAGAGUUAGAUCACCCCCUGUUCAUUUACCACCUAUCAGUUUCAAAGAUCAUUUUUCACCUUACGAAUCGUCAAUUAGUAGUACAUCCACCAAAGCAUCACCACUUUAUAAUUCAACAACACCUAACACAAACGUAAAAACUGAAAUUAAUGAAACGAUGGAUGGUGUAAAUCCAUAUUUGAAUGAUUCAGAAACAAUAAAUUUUUUUGACAACUAUUCUUCAGUGUUUUGCAAAGAUUACAAACGUAUAAAUUAUGGACCAUUUGCAUGGUCUUCGAUUAUGAGAAGAGAUGAAGUAUUAAGUUUGUUAUGGAAACACAUCAGUAAAAUGAAAGAAAGCACUCAAAAUUUAGCAAUUUGUCCAGCAAAUGCAGAAAUUAAUCAAGAAAAUACAAUGCUAGUUACAAAUGAUACAGAUGAGUCAGAAGGUCAAUUUAAAAAGCGUAUACUUGAAUCAAAUGGAUAUAGCGAUGUUGUACCUUAUGACUUAUUGAAGGAGAAAUUGAAGAAAAGAGUUAACAAAGACACCUUGCCAUUGGACUUAACUUUGUAUGAAGGACAGUUUAGUUGUGAAUUUCAACUAAUCGAUCGGAUUCGUCAACUACUUCCUUCAAAAAAAGUAAUUUGGAAAUUGAUUGAUAGAUUCUUCACGUAUUGUUUUCCAUUUAUGCCAUUUUUAGAUGAAAAAGAUUUUUUGGAGUCAGUUGUCAAAAUUAUCGGACCAAGAUCCUAUGAUGAAAAACCAAUUGAAAAUUUGAAAAUUGAGAAAAGAUUAGACUUGGCCAUUGUUGGACUAUUAUUAAUUGUUAUGAGAUUAACUUAUUUAUCAUUAUUUUCAAAUAAGUUACUGGUAAAUGAAGAAAGAUUGACUACAACUGAUCCUUCUGAAAAAGCUCAAGAUAUCAAAUUUUUAAUGCAGAACCCUAUCAGUAUAAAUACUAUAAGUGUUGCCACUUUUUGCUUGUAUCAAUUUGAUAUUUUAAGAAGAACGUCGAUGUCUGUGUUACAAUUAGCAUUAUACAUAAGAUUUUAUUACAUGUAUGCACCAGAAGAUGGAGACGACGGCGACGGAGCAGACACAAAUGCAUUUUCUGCACUUUUAAUUCAAAUGGCUUAUUCGUUAGGAUUGAAUAGAGAACCGGAUAAUCUUUCAGGAAUAUUGCAGGAUCAGAAAAUGAAUCAUUUAGGUAGAAAAAUUUGGCACGUAUUAGUUUUAGGUGACAUGCAUCAUGCUUAUACCUUUGGAAGUCCUAUGUUAAUUGAUCCUGAUAGCUAUGAUACCAAAAUUCCAUUUUGUAAUGAAGAAAAUGCAAAUUCAACGAAUGUUGAACUAGACAAAACAGUCACGAAUGUUUUUUUCCCAAAAUCAUCGGAAUUGUACGAUUUGUUAAGGACGAUAUUAAAAAAAGUCUUGAGAAUUAAUGGAUCAACGAAGGUGAGUGAAUUAUGUAAUUCAAUAAGUAAAUUCGAAAAUGCAAUGGGUGGAGAAUUUUCAUCAUUAAGCAAAUGUUUGGUUAUUACUCCUGGAUCUCAUAUUUUUGAAAGAAAUUUUAAAGCUAAGUUUUACAUUUCAUUAAAAUCAUUUUUUGUAUCAAUAUACUUUCAUAUUUUUUUACACUAUGAAUAUAAAGAUGUGGGUUUAGCAUUUUUUUAUUUGAAGAAGAUUAUAAAAAUUGCAGCAAUGGACUUAAUGCCUCAUUAUUUCGAAUUAAUGGGUAAUUCAGAUGUAAUUUGUGAUAUGUUUAUCAAUCCAAAACUACAACAAAUAAUUCAUAAAUUAAAUCAAGUGUACUUUGCAUUGAUAAUAAGAGUGAAUUUAUCAAUCUACUCUUUGAAGUCAAAACCUGAUCACGAGAAAAAGUGUUAUUCAGAUACUCAGUAUUAUGAAUAUUACAAAGAAUUGUGUAAAUUUUCAAGUUGUUUAACAAGAUGUGCCGAAGUCUCAAUUGCUGCUGUAUCGAAGUUAAGCUCUAGAUAUUUUUACGCUUGGAAAUUAACGAAAAGUCAUACUUAUUUAUUGAAAGUUAUAACAACUAUGGAAUUUUAUAAAGAUCAAUUUGUCGAUAGCAAAUCUGAAGCUAAAUUACCUGGUUUCACAACAGAUCAGAUUGAAGAAAUUGUUGUUAUGUGUGAAAAAGCUUUAAAAAUUUUAGGUAAGACAGGAUUAAUGGGUGAUGAAUUUUGUAGUGAUGUUACUUAUAAACAAUACAAACAUCAAAAUAGUGUUUCAUCAAGCAACUCAAGUACAACUAAUACAAAUCCAGUUAAUAAACUAACUCCAAAUUCAGAUAUUUCAGUUGAUGCUAAGACAUAUACCAACGAAUUUGGAUUGGACGUUGCCACCAAUCUAGAAAUUGAUAAAAUUUGGUUACAAAUGCUACAACAGCAGCAACAACAAAUCCCAAAUUCUCAAGAUUCCAACACGACACAGCAGCAGCUGCAACAGCAACAACGACAAUUCUUUUCACAGACUCAACCAGCUUUGGCUAAUCAGUUUUCUCAAAUGCCUAAUGACCUUAACAAUCGAAAUUAUUCGCCAUUCCCCACACCUUGGCAAAGUGUAGCAACACCGUAUUCAUCAUUUGAUCAAAAUCAAUUUAAUAACUUAAACACUAAUACUAAUGGAAAUAAUGGUUUCAAUCUUAAUGGUGGGGGAUUUGCUGGUGUAACUGCGGGAGGUUUAGGAAUUGAGGAAAAUGGAUCGUUCGACUUCUUUUCCGAUCUACCAUUCGAUCAAAUGUUUAAUGUUUGA